AUGGCACUGUCCGAGGUGGCCACGGCCAAUGUAUCCUCUCCGUUCCCGGAGCAAUCGAGUCCCGUCGAAGCUUCUCCGCGAACCGACAUCUUCAACGCCAGCUCGGUGGCCGAGAUCAAGGCCGCGUUGUCCCGCCUCCACAAUCAAGAAGCGUCGGUAACAGCCCGCCUCGAUGCCCUGGUGACCUCGCAGAAGGAUUUGUCCCGAGAAAUGGGCAGAUUAGAUCUCAUGCGCGCGAAUAUCGGUACUCUGACCUGCACUACGCGAUCGAUAAGCCAUGGCAUGCUCUCCGAGGCCGCGGGCACCGCCGAACGAAUCUCAAGCGCCGUGCGCCGACUCGACCUCGAACAGGCUCGGGUAAAGGCUACACUGGACGUUGUGGAGCAGGUUGCAGAGCUCAAGGCGUGCGCAUUGGGUGUUGCGGGGUCGAUGGGUGCCUCCCAGGACUGGGAGACCGCGGCCAGCUACCUGCACCGCGCUGCCCAGGUUCCACCGACUGUGGUCAAUGGAGCAUUCGCAGCUGAGAUGGUGCCGACGGCCGAGGUCCCUGAUCCGCCGAGUGUGACGCUGGAUAACGCGGCCGAGUCGCUUUGCGGGCUGUUCCUGCGCGAGUUUGACAAAGCCGUGAAGGAGAGCGACGGAGCUAAGAUUACUCGCUUUUUCAAGUUGUUCCCCCUGAUCGGUCGGUCUGAGGUUGGACUGGAUGUCUAUGGUCGCUACGUCUGCCAGGGCGUAGCAGCCCGGGCCCGUGGAAACCUGAAUGCCAGUACUGGGGCGCAUAAGGACGGGUUCUUCUACGCCAAUGCGUUGACCAAGCUUUUUGAACAUAUCGCACAGAUCAUUGAUGGCCAUGGUGGGCUGGUUGAACGGCACUACGGCCCGCGGAAAAUGGGGCGGGUCAUUGAACGACUGCAGGUCGAGGCCGACGUGCAGGGUGGCAUCAUUCUAGACACCUGGAGUGAUGAGAGGCAUGUCGAUCGCAAACUGAUGGACAUCAAGUCAUAUGCCUUUACUUUCUUGGUGCAGAGCUUCCUCCCGGCACAGCGUACUGGCCCAGCUCUCACGCAGUCGCCAGCCCCUGGUGCAAAUGCAGCCACUGAGGAUGAAGGGGUGGACAUGAAGGAAAUUGACGGUAUCCUGAAUGAGAUGGCUAUUAUGCUUGGUCGGUGGUCACUUUACUGCCGGUUCCUGGCAGAUACAUGCAAUGCACCUUCAAAUGAAGAGAACGAAGAGAAGGAAAAUGAUGACAGCAGAUACACACUGCCCAGCUUCUUGCAAGAGGCACCUCUGGCUCGUAAGAUCAACGACCGCCUGGUGUCUCCAUUCAACACAAUGACAACAUUCUUCUUCCGCCGAUCUGUAGAGAAGGCCUUCCAACUGGACGAGUCGCCCUCAGGCUUGAACCUCAGCCUCCAAAAACCACUCAGGGCAGAUCCUCCCCACAUUACCUCCGCCGUGGACGAUAUCAUGUACAUCGUGAACAAGGUGAUCCAGCAAUCUCUCGCCACCUCCCAAGAAGCGGUGGUAACCAACGUCGUCCCAACACUGUCCCGUGUCCUCGGCUCCGACUUCAUUGGCAUGACCCAGCGCAAGAUGCGCGACGAAUGCUAUCCACGCGCAGCCGUGCAAGGCGGCCAACCCCCCGAACAAACAAUCAUCUCAUUCCUAGUCCAAAUCAACAACCUCGACAUCGGGGUCGAUUACAUCCGACGAAUCGUGCAAAACAACAGCGGCUCGAAACAACCUCUGCCGGCCAGCGACACCGCCGACGCACAAGUGACAGACCACCUCCGCUCUCUCUUCCCAGCACCAGCAUCCGCACUCCGCGUCGCACAAACCCUGCACUCACUAGGCAGCUCCUUCGAAUCCAAAGUCAACGACCUUCUAUCUGACGGGAUCCAAGUCGUCUUCAACAACGUGAUCAAGCACCGCCUGCGCCCAAUCCUAGCAGACGCCUUCCGCGACAUCGAAUACCAGCCCCACGACGCCGACUCGGACGUACCGGACGAAUACCAAGACGAAAGAGGUAGCAAAGAACUCGUCCGGCCCCGCUUCGCAUCCGGCUGGACCGAGCUCCUCGUUCCACUAGCGCGGAUCCUAACCGCCCAAGCGUUUGACCGUCUUCUCACGGUGACAGUCGCGUACUUUGUGCGUCUGCUCGAGAAGAGGCUAUGGUCGUACCAGGGCCGGAUCAAUCCCCUCGGUGCGGCGCGUCUUGAAAGAGAUAUUUCGGGUAUUGUUAGUACUGCUGUUGAUGUUGGGCAGGGAUCUGGAGCUCCCGGGAGGUAUAGACACCGGGACACGUUUGCGCGGUGCGUGCAGAUGACGUUAGUUAUGAGCAUGGAUGAGGAUGAGUGGGACGAGGUGCUGCGUGGUGGGGAGGCGGCUGAGGUUGUGGAUAAGUUGAGUCGAGAGGAGAGGGUUCGUGUUCGGGCUAUGGUUCGACGGGGGUGA